AUGUAUAGAUUUAAACUCUGUCUAAAUUAUUCACGUUUAGAUUAAUCGCUCUCAGCUUUUUUGAAAAAGUAUAAGACGACUAAGAAGAAUGUGAUUUAAGUAGACAAUAAACCAUUGGAACCAAUACAACCAUAAUUAACAAUCCCUUAGGAUGAUCCAUUAAAAUAGAAAUAUCUCUUAUAAAGAGUGAAAGUGAUUGAUCUCAACGAGAAGGACAAUUUCAGUCAUUUUAAUAGAGCAUAAUAAUUGGCAUUAGAUAAAUAAGUAAAGUAGGUAGGAGAUGAGUAUAAAGUGGAAGCAGAAGUAUUGAAAUUACAAAACAAAGGAGAAUUGCUGAUUGACGACACAAAACUUCCAAAAUAAUUCUUGUCGACUUUGGAUAGAUAAAGAAGGAAGGGUAAGAGAAUGCUAAGGAGAUUCUUUAUCGAUGGUGAACAUCGUUACGUGAAGGAAAAUAUCUAUAAAUUUAGAAGUGUGGCUGAAUGGAAGAAGUAUAUGAGAUUUAAGAAGCCACUUUUGAUUGAUUUGAAAAUGGAAAAAUUUAAGAGAUAUCCAGGCACAGACAAGGGGAAAUUCCCUAUGUAAGACAAGCUUGGAUUUACAAAGUGGUUUAGAGAAAAUCAUACCUAGAAAACAGUGGAUGCAAUUGAAUAUUUAGUCAAAAAAGGAUAUGGUAAACAAUCUGAAAUAAUGAUGAAGAAAAAGAAGGGUUAUAGAUUAAGGACAAAGAAAGCACUAGAAAAAGUUGAAUCGAAAAAUAGAUUAAUAAGAAUAAAGCAAGAAAUGUAUGAGGAGUCAAAUUGGGAGACUGUGGCUCCAGGACCAGCACUAUUCGUUAAGGAAACCAUGAUGGAACAAUUAUUAAAGAGGAAUCCAAUAAAAGAUUUGGGAUUAAACACUCAUAUUAAAAUUCAAACUCAUAUACCUGAAGGAGAAGUUCAACCAUUGCCUGACAAGUACCCAUUAGAGAAGACCUAAUUGAUUUAUUAUUUGGAAAGAUGGUCAUUUUUCAGAUCAUUUGGAGCAUAUUCAUUAUUGAAGGAUAUUACAACUGGUAAACUUUAAUAGACUCCACAGGAACCUGUUAAAUCUGGAUCUUUGAAUACAUAUUACUAGACAUUGCCUAAACAUAUCAGAGAUAAUCCAAAUGUUAAGAAUGUGUACAGAGGAUUGGAAUUCGCUAAUAAUUAGAUGACUUUGGCUGAGAAAGAAAACUCUUUGAAUUAUGCUGCCAGGUUAUCUUGCUAAUUUGAUGAAAUGAAUCAAGAUGUCUACGAUAAAGGAUCAGCUGGAUACAGACCCAUGAUUUCGAGAUUCGAUGAAGAGAGAUUGAUGCAAGACCAAGAAAACGAACAUGUCGAUACUGCUAUUAAUCCUGAUGUAGUUUUCAAGUAUUUGGAACAAAGAGCACAUACUCCAAGACAUGUUGCUAAGGAUGAUCUACCUCUUCCUGAUUGGGCAGUGGAUUAGUCAGAGAGAGUGGAUGAUAUUCCUGUUGAUUACUACAUCAAUGACGAUGGGUUCUGGGAUGAUUACAUUAAGGCUAAAGAAGAGAAACACUUAAAAGAUAGUCCAAUAUCUGGAGGAAAGAAAUAUUUUAGACAUAUUUGAAAGAGUAUUUUUAUAAUAA